AUGUCAGCUCUACAAAAGAGUACAUGUAGUCAAACAUUACCUGAACAAGGAAGGUGUUCGGUGAACGGAUUGGCAGCUCGACCACAGGAUUUUAAGCCAUCUCGACCACUAGAUCGAGCCACUUAUUUUAAGCCAUCUCGACCACUAGAUCGAGCCACUUAUUUUAAGCCAUCUCGACCACUAGAUCGAGCCACUUAUUUUAAGCCAUCUCGACCACUAGAUCGAGCCACUUAUUUCAAGCCAUCUCGACCACUAGAUCCAGCCACUUAUUUUAAGCCAUCUCGACCACUAGAUCGAGCCACUUAUUUUAAGCCAUCUCGACCACUAGAUCGAGCCACUUAUUUUAAGCCAUCUCGACCACUAGAUCGAGCCACUUAUUUUAAGCCAUCUCGACCACUAGAUCGAGCCACUUAUUUUAAGCCAUCUCGACCACUAGAUCGAGCCACUUAUUUUAAGCCAUCUCGACUACUAGAUCGAGCCACUGAUCUUAAGCCAUAUCAACCACUAGAAUGA